UUCAGCGUCGCCUUGCACUGGGUCCUGGAAACCAAAAGCAAAGCAGGCUGCCAUUCCCAUCACACGGCCCUAGGCUCCAGGUCCCUAAGCGUUGGCAGUUGGCGACCCCCCUCGGGUCCCCCUCGUCGGCUCGUGGCCUGCGAGUGUUUUCCACUUUUGCUCAGCCCAGGCUCAGCAGACCAGGCAGGCCCAGCUCCGCGGCCCAGCGCAGCCACCACCAGCCAGAACAUGGGGCGCAAGUCGGGCCCCGGGGCGCCCGAGAGCACGGAGGAGGAGGCGCGGACCUGCUGCGGCUGCCGCUUCCCGCUGCUGCUGGCGCUGCUGCAGCUGGCGCUGGGCAUCGCGGUGACCGUGCUGGGCUUCCUCAUGGCGAGCAUCAGCCCCUCCCUGCUAGUCAGAGACACUCCGUUCUGGGCUGGGAUCAUCGUCUGUGUGGUGGCCUACCUUGGACUCUUCAUGCUUUGUGUCUCAUAUCAAGUGGAUGAGAAGACAUGUGUCCAGUUCUCUAUGAAGGUCCUCUACUUCCUGCUGAGCACACUGGGCCUGGUGGCCUGCACACUGGCUGUGGCCUUUGCCGCCCACCACUGUUCCCUGCUUGCACAGUUUACCUGUGAGACCUACCUGGAUUCUUGCCAGUGCAAACUGCCUUCCUCGGAGCCUCUCAGCAGGACCUUUGUCUACAGGGACGUGGCCGACUGCACCAGUGUCACCAGCACUUUCAAACUGUUCCUGAUCAUCCAGAUGGUUCUGAACCUGGGCUGCGGCCUGGUGUGCUUGCUGGCUUGCUUUGUGAUGUGGAAGCACAGAUACCAGGUCUUUUACGUUGGGCUGCGCGCCCUGAUGGCCUCUGAGGGCCAACAACCAAAGGCCUGACAGCCCGGCUCAGAGCGAGAGGGGGGAGCACAGCACCAGCCCAGGUAGAAAAACAGUUUUCUAAAGGUAGACUUUGACAGAAAAUGCUUACUCACUCUCUAAACGAAUAUUUUUGGAUACUUUUCAGAAAACAAAAGAACUUUUGUGAAUUGCUAUUGUACUUUUUAAAGCUUCCUUGUGAGGACAGGGGUGGAGAGACGGCCCACAGGUUGGAGCUCUUGCAGAGGACGCAAGCUCAGGUUCGUUCCAGAGCCAAGUUGAGCGGCUCACAGUUGCCUCCAGCUCCAGGGGCACUGGAUGCCCCCCGGCACACACACAUAAUUUAAAAACAACUUAUUCUUUUAAAAAGUUCUUAAAAGAAACAAGAUUCAAAUUGAUUUGGUGAACGAGGAAAGGAAAAAGAACAACAAACAAGGAAUUAACGCCCUAGAUCUGCUGGUGCUACACCAGGGGCUCAUGCCUAACGCUCACCUCCGUGCCACCCUCAGCCUUCCUGCUUGGUAGCCCAGGGUAGCGGUGCCAACUGGUGUCUCAGGCCACUUCCCAGACUCCAGAUUCUCCCAACCCCUUCUGCCACCUGCUAUUAUCCACAUGGUGUCUUGGAGAAAGGUUCAGAGAUAGCUGAGUCUCUGUGUUGAAUGCUUUUAUUUUUCACAGUAGAGGUGUCUUUAAGGUAUGAAAUAGCUUUAAAAAAAAAAAAAGCAUAACUAGGAGAAGAGGAAGGCUGAGUAAUUCUAGACACCUGGCUGGGGUACAGCCUUCUGGAUCCAGGAGUGGGCCGCAGCCUCCAUGACUGUCUGCAGCUCCCUGAUGUCUGAUUCGCCCUAAUUGAAGGUGGUGCCGUUGCAUUCUUAACGAUGUAGAAGGUUUAAAAAUAAUUAUAUUAUGCCUCCACUCUAUCAUCUAAAACAAAUCAUUAAGACUAAUUUCCAACUAAUUGUUCCUUCUAAUGAUGCUCAGACGUCUGUUUAAUGAGCUCUGGCUGAACUCAGGCAGCUGUACCGUACUGUACCGAGGUGUUAGGAGAAAUUACAGCCAUGAGGGAAGAUGUCUGAAGAUCCGCUUUCCUGGAAACCAACCACUGCAGAAAAGAACUUGUAAAACAUUAUCACUCGGGUUUGAAACACUCUUAGAGAAAAAGCAAGUGCGCUUGUCACAAGAAACGCGUACCCUAACAGCACAUUUGUGAUAUGUUGAGAAGUGUCUCGCCUACCAACCAAGUGCCUUUGAUGGGCCUGGGUCCUGCUCGGAGGACUCCCUUUAAAUCCUGUGAAUGAUGAUUUUUACAGUCGACCUAGAGGCAGCAUGUCACAAAGUCCUUAUUUGUGUGAUAUGUCCAUGGGUAGGGUGUGUGGUUUCAGUGUCGGCUUAAGAUGCAGGUUCUUGGUUAGGACAGGCUUUGCUUGUAACUUACUGCUCAGCUCAGACCCGCAUCUGUGUGCACAGGAAGGCGUGUAACAGCCAUCAUGAGUGUCUCUCAGUCCGUGUUUUAAAAAGGAGGAGUUCCAGGUCCCAGUUCACCAGGCUUGCUCUCCACCCUGCCUGUCCGUACACUUUCCUGGUCACAAAAUUUACCCCAAGGGAACAUACAUCCAGUGAGACGGUAGGUGAAGAGUUCUCAGAUGGCGAGAGUGGAGUCAUUUCUGUGUGAGCCGCACACCCUGUCAGCCACAGGACUGUAACUAUCUUUUACCCCUGGUUAGCAGGUGUUUAAGCUUUUUAUGUUCUGACGUGCUUUAAAGCUGCUAGCUCAGGUCCGAGAGGCCCAGCAGAGUUUAUGGGCAAAAUUCCACCAGAGGAGCCGCACUGUGGCACACACCUUUAAUCCCAGCACUUGGGAGGCAGAGGCAUGCAGAUUUCCGGUCUACAAAGCUUGUUUCAGGACAGCCAGAGCAGACGGAGAAACCCUGUCUUGCAAAACCAAAAACCCAAACCAAACCAAACCAAAAUAAAAACCCACUGGGGAUCUCAGACAAAAUCGCAUGAACACAGCCUCCCAAUACUGACCUGGAAAACCUUUUGUGUGUGUGAAGAAUGCCCAGCUCUGGGCUGUGGAGAUCCUCCGUGAGCAAAGUCCUGGCCAUCCUGGUAAGAACUUGGUCCCAUGUAAAAAGGCCAGGCACAGUGGUGUGUGCUUGCAAUCCUCGCAUUGAUGAGGCAGACAGGCGGUCCCUGGCUCCUUGACCAGCAGCUUUAAUUUAAUGCUUGAAUUCUGGGUCCAUGAUGAGAGAGUUUGUCUCAAGAAACUAAAACUAUCCCAAAGUAGACAGAUGACCUCUGGCCUUCGCAUGUAUGCACACACACACAGUUAAGAAUAACCAAUUUACAUUGACUUGUGGUAGUUUCCUGUAAAAAUGGGAAAGUAUUAGAGAACCCAGGAUGUCAUAGGCUGUCCUUUCAAAGUGAGGCUGUUUUCAUGUCAGUACUGUGCAUCCAGAAGUUCUGAAGCACACUCAGAAUGCCUCUGUCCAGCAAACUCAACAGCUUUGGUUUUUUUUUGUUGUUGUUGUUUUGUUUUAUGAGAAAAUUAAGAUUCCGCACAUGGUGCACUCUGCUUUACGAACGAAUCAAGGGGCAUUUUAGAGGGUAGAAUGAUUUUAGCCUACAGGCUUCCUGUUUUCCAGCACCGCCCAGAGCUGGCAUUGCUUCAGCUUAUAGUGUUAUGUCUGCAUAGAACGGGGACUUGACUAUUAUGAUCAAAUUAGUCUCAACUCCCCAAAGAGGGGGCUGAGUUGUAAGUGAAUAGAAAGAACAAAACCAAAUGCAAGGAUCCCUCUGCUAAAAGCUGACUGUACCCUGGCAUGUGCGAGAAUUGUGUUGCCUGAAUAACACAUGGCUUUGGGCUAGAUUUGAAGUAUUUUGACAUUCUGUUUUGCAAAUAGUGAAGCUUCAGUAAGGGCAACAGAGAAGGAGCAGGCGCAGAUUCUCACUCAGCAAAAUGUUACACUUCAGAUCUGUCGGGAGCCAGGAUGGUGGCUGUGCCUUCCAAACUGUAAAACAGGAAGGUUUGCACAGCCCUGUCUCCCAGCCUUGUUCGGGAUGAUUAAACGAGUCAAGACUUCAAAAACGAGCAGUGGCCAGGACGUGGGAGAGGAAUGGGACAGUCCGAGUGUACACAGUAUAACUGAGCUCAUGCAGUGGGUCUGAGCCUCCAUGUGACCGUCCAAAUUGGUGUCGGCAGCACCUUGGCGCCAUGCCUAAACCAUUGCUACUCCAGAGGCCUAGAAACGGUAGUCCAGCACCCAGCCUCAUGCUCCCCCUCUUUGUGUUGAGAGCGUAGAUACUCUCUUCUGAGCGCCUUCCAGGGUAUUCCCACAGUGAAAUUCCACUCUGUACAUGUUUUUCUUUUAAAUCAGUGUCCAACACAUGACGGUCUCCUGAUGUUCACUUCCUUAUGUGCAGGGUGUCUGGGGCACAUUUAUGAAAUUACAGGAGAGACUGGAUAAAAGCUAUCUGAGGGGCGUUAGCGGGGCAGCUGUGGAGCAGCUACUGAAAUGAACCUGAAAGCACCCCGUCAUUUGCAAUCAUGAUCGUGUCCUGCUACUUCCUGGUGACGGUCUCUGAACUGUCACUGCCUGCCCACGUGUGUGUAAACAUGCCAUUGGGUUUGACUCUGGCCAAGAAACCCACAGUGUGCUUUAGCUGUGCCCCAGGUGUUCAGCCUAUUCGAAGGCCAGCUGCUUAGCGGCUGAGCCACGGAGAGGAAUCAUGUCUUGUAAGUCUCUUAUCUGAAUGAGUACUGUCCCCGUGGGGUGACGGGUCUGCGUUUUGGUGCUGCACUCUCCUCUCCCGGCCUUGCUCAAUGCAGAGGAGAGGAUGAAGUGCUUCUAUACAUUUGAGGCGGCUGUUUUUAAAGGGGUCCUUCCUUAUUAAUAAACUUUUCAUAGUCCACAGAGA